UGACAUUACGUAAAAAUUGCACAUGUUUGUUUUGUUUUGGUGCAGCACAGCAUUGCCGGGGUUUGCGGGAUAAAUUCAACAGUUUUUGAUCGUUUUCUAACAUGGUUUUCACCUCCGUCGUCAACUUUGUGCGUUCCCGAGGGCCGGAUGAGUUCUGGAGAAAGCGUAGGAUUUUCAAAUUAGCCUCGCACUUUAUUGGCCGUCGCCGUAAUUGCUACUCGAUUGCAAUUCGUAAUGUAAACAGAGCGCUGGUGUACGCCACAAAAGGUCGCGAGCUGAAGAAGCAAGAUAUGCGAGAACUGUGGACGCAGCGAGUAAAUGCCGGCUGCGAACAGCACGGUAUGCAGUUUGCCGACUUCCAGUACGGACUGUAUCAGAACGAUAUUCUGCUGAAUCGGAAAGUAUUAGCGGAUCUGGCAAUUUGGGAGCCAAGAACGUUUGAAGCACUUGCCAAGAUCAGCCAGCAGCUUCCAGAAAAAGAAAGCGAAGAAAAGUGAGUCAUUUACUAAAUUGUAGAUCGUUUAAUAAAGUUUAUUUAAAUUAC